CUUUACCUCAAAAACGGUCAAUCCAAAAACGGUCAAUCCAAAAACGAGCAAUAUUUAAUACCGACAUGUUUACUGCAUUCUCACCUCAGCCAGCAACUACAGAGCCUACAGUUCGUACAUAUGAUUUUCAUUUACAACAGGUGUCUCUCGCACCAGAUGGUAUAAGUCGUAAUGUCUGGACGGUAAAUGGUCAAUACCCUGGGCCAAUGAUCCUAGCGAAUGUAGGAGAUCAGGUCAUUUUCACUGUCAUGAAUAAUUUAGGCGAACCAACGUCUAUUCAUUCACACGGAAUUUUACAGAAAGAUACUAACUGGUAUGAUGGUGUUCCUGGUGUGACACAGUGCCCAAUACCUAAUGGCGCUAAUUUUACAUACAAUUUUACUGUUACUGAGCCUGGAACCUAUUGGUAUCAUUCUCAUUACAUUGCGCAGGUACACUAUGUAGACGGGUUGUUUGGACCGUUUAUUGUUCAGGAUCCUUUAGAUCCUUAUUUAAGUUUAUAUGAUUUUGAAUAUGUGGUUACCUUGAAUGACUGGUAUCAUAACACUUCAAGUGUAUUAUUGGCUGAAAAAAUGAUUCCAACCUAUAAAGGAAUUAGCCCUGUUCCUGAUUCUAUCCUCAUAAGUGGUCUUGGUCAAUAUAACUGUUCCGCAGCCAAAGGUGUACCAUGCAACUCUUCAAUGGCCAUUCCAACUUACGUCGUACAAAGCGGUAAAAGAUAUCGUUUCCGUAUAAUAAACACAAGUGCCGACACUCCUUUCCUCUUUUCAAUCGAUAACCAUGCAUUCACACUUAUUGAAGUUGAUGGAGCAAACACUCAACCAUCCACGAUCCAAUGGCUUCAAAUUAAUGUUGGACAACGUUAUUCUGUAAUAGUGAAUGCUUCACAACCUGUGGGAAACUAUUUUAUUCGCACAAAUCUUUUUAAGCUUUGUACGCUCACUGCGGGUAAUACUACUCUAAAUUUUGAUUCCGCGAUAAAUUGGAAUGUUACUGGAAUAUUAAGUUAUAGUGGUGCUAAUAAUACGGCUCCAACUUCCACUAAAUUCCCGGACACUAUUAAUACCUGUACCGAUGUUCCGGACUCAAAUUUAAUACCACUAAUUGCUAAUGCUCCACCAACUAAUAUCUCCAGUUCUAAUUCGUUCACAUAUCUUAUUACUUUUGGUCCAGACCCAGUAUCCCAAGUUGGUAUAUUUUUGGUUAACGGAAAUAGUUUUCAUCUAAAUUUUACUAGUCCUACAUUAAUGCAAUUGGAUUCUGGUGUUAGUCCUCAAAGUUUCCCCUUAAAUGAUAGUGUAUCUUCUUUUGAUACCACCGCUGAUAGUGGUGUUGAAUUAGUAAUUCUUAACAACAUUACUGAUCCUCACCCUUUCCAUCUGCACGGUCAUAAAUUUUACAUUAUGGGCAGAGGUUCCGGUACGGCAGCAAACACAAGCGCCUAUAAUUUGGUUAAUCCACCCUAUCGUGAUACCGCAACGUUACCAGCAAAAGGAUGGAUGACAAUAAGAUUCUUUGCUGAUAAUCCAGGUGUAUGGUUAUUACAUUGUCAUAUUGAAUGGCAUGUUGAAAUGGGUAUGGUAAUACAACUUGCAGAACGACUGACCGAUUUAAAGAAAUUAACUGUACCAUCUAGUCCUGAAUCUGAAAAUAAGAAUGCCAAUUUAUUAACUUCCAAAGGUUCUGAAGUUAUUUAUAUAAACUACAAUGAUAAAAAUAAUCUUGUCAAAACUCUUAAAGAGAUGAAUAUUAUUGUUAACACUAUAGGUAGUAACGAACUUGAUAUCACUCAAUAUAUUCUUAAAUUUGCUACUAAAGAAGCUAGGUAG